UGCGUUCUGUAUGAUAGUUCGGGCACGUUGAUUUCUGCUGCUGGAAUUAGCAAGCAGUUUUUCGUCCUUAUUAUCCUGACUCCGGCACGUUUCUAUGUAAAUGAAAUCAGCUGACACAUCUUCCACGUAAUAUUUUUCGAACUGAGCCGCAAGUGAGUCGCUUCUGAAGGCUUCACGGCCCGGAAAUAUCAUGGCUCUGCCCAGACUCACCCUCCGGCUACGGUCAACAGUAACGCAUGUCCGGGCUCUUCAUACCAGUGGAUCAUGUAUACUGCAGCAGGAGGCAGCGGCUCACAAGGAGUCAGAGCCUGUGCUCUUCUCGGUCCUCAGGACACAGGAGAACGACCCGGCUCAGCACUCGGAGAAACUCCUCAACCAUUUCUACACCUUGCCUCCCGCUCACACCCGCCUUCUGUUCCCUCACAGCCUCCCCCCUCGCUUUCAGCAGCAGAUAAAGACGUUUAAUGAAGCCUGCAUCAUGGUGAGGCCGCCAGCCCUGGAGGUCAUCUCUUACCUGAAACAAACGGACUUCAGCAAACCUGCCCUGAGAUAUUUAUUCUAUGGGUUGAAGGGUAGUGGGAAAACAAUCUCUCUUUGUCACACGAUGCACUUCUGCUACACGCAGGGGUGGCUGGUGCUGCACGUUCCUGAUGCCCACCUGUGGGUGAAGAACUGUAAGGAGCUGCUGCCGUCUUCCUACAAGGCGUCUCGCUUUGAUCAGCCGUUACAAGCCACGGCGUGGUUACGCAACUUCAAAAUCACCAAUGAAGCCGCUCUGUCAAAGAUAAAAACAAAGCAUCGCUACGUGUGGACAAAGAGGGAGUUCACCGAGGAGGGGAGUCUGCUGGGACAGCUGGUGGAUAAGGGCAUCACUCGCAUAAAGAGUAGCAGUGAUGUGGUGGGGGCGGUGAUCAAGGAACUCAAGCUGCAGAGCGGGCAACCCGACGCCGGCUUUCGUUUGGCCGUGGCGGUGGACGGGGUCAACGCCCUGUGGGGGAGAACCACCCUCAAAAAGGAGGAUAAGAGCCCCGUGGAUCCAGAAGAGCUCACUUUGAUUUAUAACCUGAGGAAGCUGAUGAAGAACGACUGGACCGGAGGCGCCAUCAUCGCCACGCUGGCUAAGACCGGGUCGGUCCACACUCCAAAAGAUGCCUACUUGCCUCACGAGCUGCUUGGAGAGAGUGGGUUCGACAGCAUGGAUCCGUUCAUCCCAGUGUCGGUUCCCAACUACAACGAGGAGGAGUUCGAGAGCUGUUACCUUUAUUAUUUGGAGCGGAAAUGGCUGCAGCACCCGCAGAGUCGAACGGAGGACGCCAAGAAAGAACUCAUCUUUCUAAGCAAUAGGAAUCCAUCCACGUUGGAGAAAAUGUGUGGCUUCUUGUAAAGCUACAGAAAUAGUUCCGUCUCUACACGUCGCUCCGUCACACGCGCUCGUGUCUGUAAUUUUUAUUUUUUUUUAUCUGUGCUGCUUUGAUAAUAAAUGUUCAUGUAAAGAGUUUAAAACGAUACUUUAAACACUGUUAUUAAAAGUGUUUAAUA